ACGUGUGUGGGUGUAUGAAAGAUAAUAACAAAGGAACACUGCUGGAGAAAGAAAAGAUGGAUGAUGGGUUGACCUUUGGAAAGUAUCUUUAUUGAAAGCCUAACAAACAUGAAUUCUAAAAAAGUCCUUCAUUUUGUUCCAGCUGAGGCUCCAUCCACUGGGAGGUCUAAGAAUGGAUAUGUUUUCCAGGAGAUGGAGCUGAAGGAUGGGGAGAAGGAAGAUUCGGAGCAGGACACUCAUGUCAUUAUCAAAGACAACAUAUAUGAAAACGAUGUCCAGAUCAGUGUUUCAGGUGCUGAAAGCCCUGGAUAUGGGCUUUUAAACACAACAAGAAAAUAUGUGAAGCCCAUGAAUUUCCAAGAGGAAGUGCGUGGCCAUAGGGACCUGAACAGCUUCCUUUCUCAGGCAAGCAUCCUUUUGGAUGAAAAAGCUGCCACUCUGGAUGAGGUUCUGAGGCGAAUGAUUGCUCACAUGGUAGAGGAUGGCCAUGGCAGUUGUAACGCAGAAGAGGUGAUGAACUCAUUGUUCACAAAUGCAGGAGGCCGAGAUAUUAAUGUUCACCUUCUGUCAGAGACUAUUCAGGGUGUCACAGCUACUUCAACUGGUAUUCAUUACCAGCAAUCCUGGCUUUGUAUUCUGUCCAAUGUGAGAAAUCUGCAGAGGCGUCAAGUCUGCAUUACCCGCCUGGAGAGGCCGCAAAACUGGGGAGUUAAUUGUUGCGAGGCCCGUUAUGUUAUCCUAAUCCUCGCACCGUCUAGAAUGAAAAGCACCAAGUCAGCUGUUGAACUGGGUAGAACGUUUUCCACAAUGUUCUCCGACAUUGCCUUCAGACAAAAGCUUCUGGAGACCAAAACCCAGGAGGAGUUUAAACUGGAGCUGGUCUCCCAGCGACACCAGCUCUCUGUAGUCACUGAGAACAUGGUGAUAGAGGAAGUGGAGGACUCAGACCCACGAAGAGGAAAAUCACUCCAGUGCAGAGAUUUCUUCAAAGCUGGUAGAGGGGUUUACGAUGACCUACGUCGGAGACUGCCUCUUUACCCUUCAGACUUCACAGAUGGUCUAACUGGGAAGGAUCGCUGUUUACUGAAGUAUACCACCACUGCUAUCUUCCUCUAUAUUGCCAUUCUCCUGCCUGCAAUUGCCUUUGGCUCUCUGAAUGAUGAAAGCACAAGAGGGGAAAUAGAUGUUCAGAAGACCAUUGUUGGCCAGAGCAUUGGAGGAGUGAUCUACUGUCUGUUUGCUGGUUCACCUCUGGUCAUUCCUCUGACCACUGCACCAUUGGCCAUUUUCAUCAGCGUUAUUAGGGGUAUCUGUGAUGACUACGACCUCGACUUUGAUGCUUUCUAUGCCUGCAUUGGUUUAUGGAACAGCUUCUUCCUUAUCCUCGGGGGGUUAUUCAAUGUCAGCCUGACGAUGAAACUCUUCAAACGCUCAACAGAAGAGGUCAUUGCACUGUUCAUCUCCAUAGCUUUUGUUGGGGAUGCAGUGAAAGGCACUGUCAAAAUUUUUGAACACUUCUACCAUCCACCACUGCUGGCAACAACAAACAGCACAGUGGUGCUUCAACAAAUUAAUGAGAUUCUAGAAAAGAUUGAGAACCAAACAACAACCGUGCCAGAGCAUAAAACUGGGAGGAACAUGUCACUGUUUGGAUAUCAAGAAGAUAAAAUGUUAGUCUUCCUGCCAGAGACUCUGGUGGACUGCACAAGAGAAAGGCCCAUUCUCUGUCUGCUCCUCAUGUUGGGGACAUUGUGGCUAGGUUACGCGCUCUACCUCAUCAAGAAAAGUCCGUAUCUGAACGGUAAAAUCAGGGAGGUGGUGUCUGACUGUGCUUUGCCUAUCUCCGUGGUGAUAUUCUCCUUCAUUGGCUCCUAUCGUUUCAUUGACAUACAGCUUCCUGUAUUCAAUGUCCAUGAUGGUCCGAUCUUCAAGUAUCCUGCAUUUGAAAAGCUGUCAGGACUGACUGCACUUAGUGCGGUUGGACUAGGUUUCCUCCUUGCACUGCUAAUUUUUAUCGACCAGAACAUCGUCAUCUCACUUACACAUGUACCAGAACACAAGUUGUUAAAAGGCACAGCGUUCCACUGGGACUUAAUGCUGACUGGCUUCAUCAACAUCCUCAUGUCCUGUCUGGGGUUGCCAUGGAUGCACGCUGCCUUUCCUCAUUCCUCCCUACACGCCCGUCAGCUUGCCAAAGUAGAACAGCAUGUAGAGAACGGACACCUCUACACAACGAUCGUCAGUGUCAAAGAGACACGUCUAACCUCACUAGCAGCAAACAUCUUGAUCGGCUUGUCUGCAUUCAUGCUGCCCAUUCCUCUCCAGUGGAUUCCCAAACCUGUGCUCUAUGGUCUCUUUCUUUACAUUGCUGCCACUUCACUUGAUGGAAAUCAGAUGGUGGACCGCAUGACCCUGCUGCUGAAGGAGCAGACGUCUUAUCCUCCCACCCACUACAUACGCCGUGUGCCUCAAAGAAAAGUACAUUACUUCACAGCACUGCAGAUGAUCCAGUUGAUCAUCUUGUGUGCAUUUGGGAUGUAUCCUCUCCCCUACAUGAAGAUGGUGUUUCCUCUGCUGAUGAUCCUGCUGGUCCCUAUCAGGACAAGCUUGCUUCCCAGAAUGAUUGAUGCCAAGUAUCUGGACAUCAUGGAUUCCCAGUAUAUGUAAAACAACUGGACAACGUUAUGAAACAAUGGAAGACAGAAUGGAACAGCCUGAAAACGUAAUUAUUGUGUUACAAACCAAAAUGUGCCUACAAGAUUGCACCUGAAGCAUUUACUGCUGACAGGGAUGUCACUUUUAGACUAACUGUAACUAGCUUCAGUUGUAAAGAUUUUAGUUGAACUUAUAUAGGCAGAUAAAAGAAACAAACAUCUGACAGCUUGUAACGAAUCAGUGUAUGCAUUUAUCAUUUUUACAUAAGUAAAAAUGCUGAUUGUUUGUCUAAUUCAGAUAUUGUAUUCUUUGAAGGAGAGUCACUUCUGUUUAAAUUUACUUGCCGAUAAGGUGACUUCACUGCAAGUAAUUUGACAGAACAAAACAUUUCAACACCAAAAAUUAUCACAUCUGUUAAGCAAAUGUUCAUUGUACUAUUUAGUGGUGACAUAUAUUUUAUUCUGAUUAUUCACCUAUUGUCUUAUAUGUUGUCAUGUUGUGUGGUAUUAACAUGUUUUACUUCAACAUAUUGUAGGGUCAAAUAAAAAAUGUUGAAUGGAAAUUAUUUAAAACUAUUUACCUCAUUGAAUUGAUAUUUUUCACAGAGUAAAAAUAUGCACAUACUUUUUUUGCAAUUGGAGUCUAAGGACGCUCACAAAACUGUCACACAGCAGGGUUUCCAUGGUUUAGACAAGGACUGCUGAAAGUAUUUUGAUUUUAAAUGCCACCAAUAGAUGGCAGUGGAGGUGUGCGCCUUGGAUAUUAAAAUUCUAACUCACUGUGUGUACCCACCAUUGUGUUGCAGAAAGAUAGAUUCAUGUCAGCCUUCAUCUUGUAAAAGAAAUGGUGAUAAUGAAGUUAUGAAAAAACAAGUUAUUAAGCAUGAGUGGUUUCCAAAGUCCACCAGGUUUAAAUGAUCAGACAUCUGAUUUGUUUCAUGUGUUUGUUUUUUCUGCAAACCCACUCUUCAAAUCCAGCACCUGCUUUAUUUAUGUUUACGUUAAAACUUCCAUUAUUCCUUUAACGUUCUCAUAACAGCCACCGUUUUCUGCCUUAACAGUCUGUACUCAGUGCUUUGCAUAUAUGAGUGUUUAACAAGAGAUGCAUGUGACUGAUGUGAACUAACUCACAAACUGUACUCCAAUAACACCAUGAGACAAUAAAUGGCUAUAAAAACAA